GCCUCCGACCGCCUUUUAGUCGGAGCCAUGGCGCCAAAAAAGAAAAAGACAGACACUGGGGCUGUAGUGGACCUCGGUGUCGACGAGGGAGCCGACUAUCGGUCUUCCGACCCCCAGUGGGCAGCCAUCCGUGCGCCGGCGGGUUCGGUGCUGGAGGUUUGCUUGACGGGGUGUUCAGUGGGCUUUGGCACAGAAGAUUGGUUUGCGGUGCUGGUGGAUCGUUGCACUGUAGCCACGGGUGGCGGGCUUCUGGUAGGAGGAGACCUUUUGGGGUCCGAGAACAAAAGUAUCUACAACGAAGUCCUUGCCAUCCUGGACACAGGGAGUCUUCACUUAUGCGUCGAAGACCCAUGCCACCUCACGGAAGAACCCGAUUUGAUCCAUUGCACCCAUGUGCGGUGCUGGACGGUGGCAAACUUCACAGCAGGGUAUUUGACCCCCGGGGGAAGGGCUAUGCUGGCCUUGGCCCGCAUGCCGCCAGAGGUAGCGGCCGAGCCCCCUGGUCAAAAGAAGCCUGCUACUACGGCUCGCCGAGCUACCCCAAAGCCAGACGCCAAGAGAGGAGCAAAGAAAGCUUCACUGAUAGGCAGUCCAGUCAUUGCAGUUCCUUCAGAUGGCGAAGACGAAGCAGAGGGUGUCGAAGACGAACCGGUGAACCGGGAAGGACUCAGGUCUCUUCUCAAAGCUACGAGGGAACGCAUUGCCGGUUCGGGUGGAAGACGGAAAGCCCCCGCAGAGGUUUUGAGUGGUGGGGGCGUUGCAGGGCCCUCUCGCUCUGCUCCGGUAGAGAGUCGCUUGACAGCUGGCACUGCCCUGAGACCUGGGAAAUCCACCAGUGUGGCCCUCGCCCCAUUGGAGGAUAUAAGCGGCGGCGAGGCGAGGAAGCUGAAGAAGCGCUUGGAGGACCCUUCAGACAAUACAGCGAGGUUGCUGGCUCAAGCCGUGCAGGCCUCCGAGAGGGAAGCUCAGCUGUCCAAGGAGAAAAAGAAAAAGAAGAAGUCCAAGGACGCAGUUGCGAAGCUGGCCGAGCUGCUGACAUCGGACAAGAAGAAGAAGAAAAAGAAGAAGCGGAAAAGCCGAGAGCGGCACAGGAAGGACGGGGAGGAUCAGGGAUACGAGAGGCGGGUGCACUUCAAGCCCGACCCUGGCGAUCCCGGUUCUUCGGAGUCAAGCGACUACGACAGCAGCUCGGGCUCAAGCAAGAGGAGAAAAAGAGGGGCCGAGAGCGACGAGGAUUCGGAGCUGUCCUGCGAGGCUCCCCUCCGCCGCAAGGCCUUGAGGGAGCCCGGCAGCGUCAUGGACAUGCUGGUCAAGAACGCGCAAGAUCAGCUAGAUCGUGGAUCUCUCCUGGAAAGCGAAGGAAGUCAGCCAGGGAUCACGUCAGGGAUAAAGAUCAGCACCUUCUUUGCAUUGCUGAUCCGGCCCUUUUACCCCAACAACAGCCCGCUGAUGCGAGAGCUUUACGCUCUGGGGCAGACUAUAGAUCUGCUUCGGAGCGGCCGCCUCCCGGAGACGGCGGACGCGCUCGCAAGCAGGUUCAUUGCCGUCCAUACGGCUUUGGCCGAAGGCGGCUGGGCCACGGCGGCGCAGCUCGAGCUGUAUCCGCUGGAGCCGGUUCAGUCAGCGAGCGUGGGGACCAUGUUGCAGGCGCAAAAACACAAGCGCUUGCUGCAGAAGAGUCAAGGCAUCCCGCCGGGCAGGUGGGGGGUGCCGCCAGGAGGAAAAGGCCGAGGAGCAGGUCAGUGGACAGAAAAGGGCAAGAAGGGGGACAACAAGGGCCGUGGCAAAGGGAAAACAAAGGGUGCGGGCAAAGACGCACCCUGGCCGAAGAAAGGGGAUGCGAACCCUUGGAAGGAGACGCAGGACGAGCCGGGGAAAAAGCCUCAUUUUCCAUUGCCCCUGGAUGACGGUGCUGCCCUUAAGGAGCUUGCACUAAAUUCUACAGUGGAUGAAUUCAUGCAGCCGCAUUUUGCGGGUGUCGAUGAGGUGCGGGUCUGGACCGCAUUAUCGGUGAUGGCAUUGAAUGCUGUUGCUGGCCAUGGCCGUGCAAUAUUGCAGAAGGCACCAAGCAAGGUGCAGAAAAGGGCCCUGGCUGCUAUGCGCGCUGGCGUCAAGAGGAUGCUAGGGCGCCCUGUGGAGCUGAUGCGCUCGCCGGGUGAGGCAGAAAAGGAGCUCAGUGAGAGGUUCUUGAGCUAUACAGGGGAGGAGGUCCCGAAAAUGCAGGUGCUCAGGUUGGAACAGGCCUUACCGGCCCUUCCCCCCGUCGCUGCAAGUGCGGGCCGACCUUGGUAUCAUGUGUACCUGGACAAUUUUUGCGCCAUGGAGAAGGUGACGGAGGGGGAUAGCCCUGAUGAUGGGGUGCGGAUUCAUUCUGCACUCGAGGCCGCCUGGAGAACGGCAGGGGUGCUCUCCUCCUCGAAGAAGAAGGUAUCAGGUGAGCCGGUUGCUCACGAACUGGGGGCGAUGCUGCAGGGCGAUGAGGGUACUAUUGGUCCGUCACCGGACCGUUUGUUGAGGCUUAUUCAGACAACACUGGUGGUGAUUGGAAGGCAAAAGUUGUGUCGAAAAUGGGUGCAGGUUUGUGCUGGGCGAUGGGUCCAUUGCAUGAGCUUUCGACGACCGGCUAUGGUCUGGUUGGAUGUGGUGUGGAGCUUUAUCUCUGGAAAAGCUAAGGGGUCGGCGGCGGAGUACCGGGUGCGGUCGGAGUUCUUCAACUGCAUCUGUGGCUGCCUUCUCAUGCAUACGAAUCUCCGGUCGGAGAUCAGCUCCACUACCACGGCAAGUGAUGCGUCCAGCACAGGGGGCGCUGUGGGGAAGAGCGAAAGACUCACCCAAGCCGGUCAGGAAUUUGUGGGGGCAGACCUGGCAGGUAGAGCUGAGGGUACUCGUGCUCCUAUCUUGGUCUUGUCCCUUUUUAAUGGGAUUGGCUGUGCAUUUCGGUGCUAUGAUUUGUGCGGCAUCCUCCCGGCUGUCUGCAUUUCAUACGAGUUGUGCAAAGCAGCAAACAGGGUGACAAGCAGGAGAUGGCCGAAUGUGAAGAUCGAGACUGAUGUUCGCACCCUGGGGCCUGAGCAGAUCAAGGAAUGGAAAUACCUCUACCCUGAGGUUGAGGAAAUCCAUAUUUGGGCCGGUUUCCCUUGUGUGGGCCUCAGUGCGGUGUGGUUUGGGAGGCUCAAUUUAGAUGACCCGCAGUCGGGGCUGUUCUGGGAGCUGGUGAGAAUCAUUAGACAGGUCAGGCAGGGCUACGGGUUCUCUUUUCCAGUCAAGUUCGCGGCAGAGAACGUGGCAAGCAUGGAUGUUGCAGCUGAGCAAGAAAUUUCAGCGACGCUGGGCAUCAAGCCCUGGCGCUUCGACUCGGCAGAUGUGGUUCCAGUACAUCGGCCUCGCCUCUGUUGGUCCAACACGGAGCUGACGGAAAUGGGGAGCGUGGACUUUGUUGAGAAGGAGCGUUGGUGGGAGAUCAAGUUUUCGCAUGAGUAUCCCGCGACGGAGCAAUGGAUUGAGGAAGGUUGGUCGUGGCCAGGAUUCGAUGAGGGGGCUAUUCUGCCCACUUGCAUGAAGGCAAUCCGUCGGUCUUCGCCUCCUAUCAAGCCGGCCGGAAUCGACCGUGUGGACUGGGAUGGAAAACAAAGAUGGGCCGCAGACGAGUUCAGGGCCUUCCAUCUCACUGACUCCUAUGUGGCAAUGAGCAUCAUUAGCAAGGGGCGUUCGUCUUCGCGGAUGCUGAAGCCUUUGCUGUGCCGGCUGGCAGUGGCCUUGCUGGCCUGGGAUUUGUACCUGGUGGUAUCCCACGUGGAGAAGCAGGCCCGACAGAACAUUGUCCUUGAGGACGUCGGGAUCACAAAGGCCACGCUUGAACGCUAUUAUACUGCGGUAGCCAGGCUGGCCCCUGAGAUAGCAGACGUCUCUACAGAGGGGGAGCUGGAUGAGUCCAUUGCUCUCUGGAUUCAAAAUGAAUUUGAGGACGGGACUCCUCUUUACAUGGUUGGGGACGCGCUUUCAGGCCUCCAUCAUUUUGAACCUUUUACUAGGAAGAAGCUACCGAAGAGCUGGAGACUUUAUGGAAUAUGGAGGAAGUUUGAAAUCCCCUGCCGGGCGCCGCCGCUGACCCAGGAUAUAGUCCUAGCGCUGGCAGGCUGGUGCCUUUCUGUAGAUGAGCUGACGAUGUCGGCGCUCAUCCUUUUGGGAUUUCAUGCACUUCUCCGGACGGGGGAGCUUUUACAAAUCAGGCCUUGUGACUUCAUUCUCGAUGACAAUCGAGGGCUUCUCUCCCUCCCAUCAAGCAAAAGUGGGGUACGCAAUAAUACCCGGGAAAGUGUUAGCUUACAUGAUCCUUGCACAAUCGAGACUGUGCGAGCAAUGUUGGAGCUGAAGCAUCAAUUAGGGCUCCACAAUUUGCCAUGCUGGGAGCAUAGUGGUUCGUGCUUCAGGGGCCUUUUUCGAAGAGCGGUGGAGGCGCUCAAGCUUCAGCAAUUAGGUUUUAGACCUUAUUCCCUUCGACGGGGUGGAGCAACUUAUGAGAUGCAGAGUCAUGGACUUAUGGAGCGAACGCUCAUUAGAGGGCGCUGGCGCAACAGUAAUAUCGCUAGAAUUUACAUCUGCGAUGGCCUGGCGCUCCUCCCAUCCUUGUCCAUGACUUUGGAAUCAAAGUAUUCGUCGACUUUCAUCAACGAGCACCAGGCUUUCGCUGGUGGGAGCCGUGGAAAGAAGCGAAGAAAACGGAUCUGA